UCAGCUGCCAGGGGCUCGGCGCGCGCGCCGAGGCCGUGGUGGCCGAGCUGGCAGACGCCCGCGCUCGGCUGCGCGAGGGCAAGGCGUCUCCAGAGGAGGAGAGACAGCGGCUGGCCAGAGCUUCCUGAACUGCGUAGAGACCGCCGCAAACGAGCUCGGGGUCAGCGCUGCGGACCGCGGCUACCGGCGCUCGUUCACGGCCAACUACCGCGCGCUCUUCCCGGACGCCGCGCGCAGGUACCGUAUGGACCUGUUGGAGGCCAGCGCCGACCACAGCGUGGCAAUCUGGGUCAACGGCGACAAGUUCGAGCUGAGUGGGGAGGCCGUCGGCCACGCAGAGCAGCUGCAGCUUGACUGGGCGUCCCUGCAGGAGCUCCUCGAUCGGUGGCCUGCGCCAGCGGUGCAGCUGGCGCACGCGCUGUGCCAGGACGUGGCAUCCGUGCUGGAGAAGCUGGACGCUGCAUGGGCGAGGUUCGAGCAGAGCUAUGUUUCAGAGCUCAUUGCCAUAGAGGGCCGGGCGCGCAAGCUCCUCGAGACCGCGGUGCAGCAAGAGCGCCGCGUCCGGCACAGUCAUCAGCAAAAGCGGCAAGAGGCGCAGCGUGAAUUGGCUGCCACCGUCGCGAAGAUCAACGCAGUUGCAAACUGCAGGCGGAAAGGCCGCGAUGAUCUCGACCCUGAUAUAUUGUUCCGCGCACAGGAUGUGCUGCGGGAUGCCAAACACGCCAGCGGCCCUGGCAAGCAGGCAGCGCGCUUGCUGGCAGCGGAGGUGGUCGACUCAUUCGAGGCCGUGAGCAAGUACUUCCGGGAGGUCGGCCGGUGCAUGGAGCGCGUCGACCCGCACCUUUGCAACAAUGCGGGCUUGGUGUCGCGGCUCGUCGACUGGGAAGAGAGCUGGGAGAUGGGCGCCCGCUUCGUCCGUGACCCUGCGGUUCUCGGCGGCGUCUGUGACCUCGUGAGCGAGCUCACCGAGGUGGCGAGCCUCGUGCCAGGCUUCUCGGCAAUGAUCAGCAGCUGCGAGGCGGAGCUCUUCAUGGUGCUGCCCCGCCUCGUCUGCCUGGGCUUCGCGGCCAGGCCCGCGGCGCCGCGGGCGGCGCUGCUGCGGGAGCUCCUGCGGCACCGCUGGGUCGAGCAGGAGGGGUGCCUCCAGAUGGGCCCGGAGCUGCGCAGUCUGGCGCAGGACCUCGGACUACCACGCGACCGCCAGGGCCCUCUGCGCCGCCCCCGGCGGCUGCAGCGGCGGCGAGGGCUGCCGCGAGUGCGCCUCCGCCCGGGAGGCGCUGGUCGCCCGGGCGGUGGCCGGGCCCGGCGACCCGGCCGGGGGGCCCGCGGGCGAGGGACACGCCGCCGCGGUCGAGGUGCUGAUGCGGACGGUGGAGGGCUGGAGCCUGGAGCUGCAGCGGCACUGUCCCGAGGACUGGAACCAGUGCAGCGCCGUGCUCGUUCGCUGCCUCGCAGAGCAGGAGCAGGAGAGCGGUGA